AGCGGGGCGGGGGCUUUGUUCGGGCCGAGGGAGCGCCGGCGGCGCGGGGCUUUGUGAUGAGCGCGGCUGUGCGGAGGGCGGGACCGGGCGGCCGCCGCCGCUUCCCUUCCGAGGGCUCGGGCUGCGGUCGUGCUUGCAGACCAGAAGCCGGGGCGAGCGGCCGCCGUCGUGCGGGGCUGCGCGGCGUUGCGCUGCGCCUCGCUGCGCUCCUGCCCGCCCCCCGCGGCGCCGCGUUCUGACGGACGGUGCCGGCAGGGCUUUGUCCGCCGUUCCCGGAGCGCCGUGUGAGCCGUUGCGGAACGGGCGAAACUUUUCCUGUCCGCCUUAUCGCUGUGGUUUAUGUGCGGCGCGCGAACAAAGCGCCCGGAGAUCUCUUUUAGUUUCUCUUUUCUUUGUUGCCUCCCGGCUCCGCGCUUCGGUUGUGCGGGAUACCGACGCGUUUCGCGUGUGUUUACCCCGUUUUCGGUGAUAAAACGUGGUGUUUCAGUACGGUCGGCCAUCCCUGGGGCCAAAGCGUUGCCGACACAAGCGGCUGUGCCGAGAAGCAGAAUUAUUUUCUACCUCCCUGUGACCCGCGGCUCAGUUCGUGGCCGUGCGAGCGCGGAUGCGUUGUGUUGGUGGGAGAAGGAGGCGUGGAGCAAAAGGGAGAUGGGAAUUCGGCGGUGUGCUUCGGGUCGUGUGUGGAGGAACGGCGCUGAAUCAGCUGACAGCUCUCCCAAGUGUGCAGAGAGUUCAGAAUCUGGAAUUUGGCCCAGCAGAGUGGUUAGAAGGCAGAUGCAUGUGAGGAACCGCUCAAUAGUGCGCGUUCUGCAGUUUCAUAUGUGGAUGUUGCACCUAGGGAAGUACGUAGGAUUUGAAUAGAGCUGUUGGUUUUUCUUCCAGCAUUAAUUGGAAAUAGCUGUGUUAAUUAAUUUCUGUAGUAUCGUUGUGCUACUUAAUGUUUUUCUCCAGCAUUUGGGGUGUUGACACAGAGCUGAGGUCACUGUAACCAUAUCUGAUGUCGUGGUUGCCACCACACGAGGCUGACUGAAAGAGUUGGGCUUGCCUAUGUUGCAGUGAGAAGUUCUGUCUUACUGUGGCAGCGUGUAUUAAAUGUUAUGUAGGAUUGUGGUGCACAUGGAAAGCUGCAUGUGUGUUUGCCUCAUAGUUUGCUCUCGGGGGAGUUCCUUAGGGCAGGUGUUUGGAGUGAGCAUUGAGCAGGACAUCCCCUUGUUGAGGACGGGGGGCUGGAUGGGAUUUGUGAAAGCAUUUUCUACUUUGCUUUUAGAUAGACUUUGUUUGCUUGCUGAAAUGGUAUAUGACUGCACACAGAAACAUCUGCAAUGGAGAGUUUUGUAAAUGCUUUCUCCUUGAUGAUUUCCAUUCUUUGUACAGUGGUUUCUAAAUCUCCAGCAUGAUUAGACCAAGUUCUUAGAGGCAGAUCACCCAGGAGAUGGUUUAAAUACCUGCCUGUAUGUCUUCACGCCUUACUUGAUCGUGGAAGGACAAAACACUGCCCUGCCCAUUGCAGUGAAGAGAUCACUAAAUUCUCUUGUGUUGAGCCCUCCUAUGAAAUGAGCAUUAAUACACUGGGUUCUCUUCUUAAAGCUGUCGAGUAGUCGUGCUUUAUAAAUACUUCUCAUUGCAUGUAUCAUAUGUAUAGGUAUGUGAAAACUUUAUCAAGCUGCUGCUUUCUCUUCUCUUUGGUAAAUGUAGUUGGAAAUGCCUGAUGUGAAUUUCCCCACCCAUAACAUAGCAGUUGUGAUUACUGCACACAGUUGCAGCGCUGUCACACAGCCAGUGACAAGACUGUCGCUCUGAACAAGAAGUCUUUUCAUGUAAGGUUCCUUUUCUCCUCCCAUAAGAACAAAUACAGCUGUGCAGUCGUUUGUGGUGCUUCUAACCGUGAAGUCAAAUGCACUUCACCUUCCUUUGGUAGGAAGGAAUUUUAAAUGGCAUCAGAAGAUGAAAAUGUAUUCAGUUCUACCGUCUGCAGUGUAAUUUCAAACAUGUUGCAUUCAGUUUCUUUACAGUAAUGGCUUGGAUACCAAAGCACGAUAGCCAGGUUUAGUUUAAAUCCCACUCAGAGUACAUGCUGUGCCUUUCAGAUUAGCAGGCAGGUGCUUUCUGAGUUGCUUUGGGAAAUGUUUGCCUUACAGAUGAGGGCCAGGUGUUACCUCUGGAUGUAUGUGCAAAGAUUUAAUUUCAUUAGUGGUGAACAAAUUCUUUUCCUAAAUGUGCCGGUUUAAGAGCAGUUGUACACUUACAGAGGAAAUGUGUCUGAAGGUGUUACAGUGACAAUCUCCAAAAUGAGAACAAGUAUCUCUGUAGUAACCCAAAGUUUAGAUUUCUGCAUCUAGUUCUGCGUUUAAGUCCCAAACUUUGGAGUAUUAAUGCAUGGAUCUGUCCUGUACAGGCUGUGCUGUUUUUCCAGUGUGUAUUUGUGUGUACACUGCUGCAAGUAAUCCAAUUUUGUACUUUUUCUUUGAAGCUACCGUAUAGUUUUAAGGUAGGUUUCCUCUUGCACUGGCAGAGCUGUCAGUUACAGGUGAUAGACCUCAGUUGUCUUUCUGCUGCAGAGCUCUCUGCAUGUAAGUCCCAAUGGAAAUGAAGGCAAUGUCAGGCUGCCUUCUUGGACUUCGCUCUUAGUUUUCAUCCACAUUAUUUUGAGGAACUUUUUUUCAAGUGUCUUGCUGUUCAUGUCCUCUAUGAUAUGCAUUACUUAAGCUAGUUCUAUAGAUGCUGGACUGAGCUUGUUGUGUGGUGUAAAGAAGUUGUAGAAGUGAUUUCAAGAGCUUUGUUUUGUCAAUAAAGCGCAUGCAUAUGUACCGCAGCAGUGAAAGUAGUUCUUAUGUUACACUUUUAUUCCACUUUAUUAGCAUGCAUCCUCCUAGCAUGUGUCUGCACUUGCACACACACAUAUAUUCCCUUAAUGGUUGGCCAUACAGCAGUGGAAAAGUAGGUGUGGAGGGAUUAGAGGGCUGUACUUUCUUUUGUCUGCAUCUUCUCAUCUAGGUGUCCUUGUUCUGAUUCAGCAGCUUUCCACAUAAGUCAGUUCCUAUUGUUUGGAAGUGACACUCCUGUUCAGCACAAAAAGUGAGAGGUUUCUUAGCCUUGAAAAUGGAAGUCAUGCAGCUUGUUAGCACAGAAAGUACAUAGUUAAAACUGCAGAGGAGAUUUGGGAUUUUAUGUUUGCAGUUAUCUAGUUCCUCAAGACAUACUAAAAGAUUGAUAACACAUUGGUUACAGUAGACAUGUGUGGAGAUCAUCAAAUAUCCAGGGAAAAGUGGUUUUUACCUGCAGAAGUUUUGAAUAUAGCAGAGAGAUUUUUCUGGUUGUCAUCUCUACUUGUGUCGAGCCAAGAGUUAAAUGCUUUGAAAAUAACUUGGCAAAGUUUAUUUUAAUCUGAGCCUGAAAUCUUUGUUUCAUGAAAACCCAAAAAUGCAUCAGCGCAGGCUGCAGAAGUUUUAUGUCCAUUCCUUCGUUAGGAUCUUUUGUAGCAUACCAAGUUUGUAAGAAAAACUGAAGCUGACAUGCAAGAAUGAGAUGCAUUUCAGAUAAUGUGUUUUCUGGGCUGUUUCAUUUCACAGUCUACAAAUGUAGAAGAUCAGAGGGUAUGACAGUGGCUUCACAGAUUGUGCUGAGUAGCAGUGUAAAGAAAAAAAGCAGGGCCUGGUGCAGGUGGGAGCAUUGCUGACACCAUCCCCACUGCUCAGGAUCACACUGCAGGUUCGAUCUGUGGAUGAGAUGAAUCAUGAGUUUCAAGCUCUUGCCCUAGAAUCUCGGGGAAUGGGAGAGCUUUUACCUGCCAAAAAGUUUUGGGAACCUGAUGAUUCAGCAAAAGAUGGACAAAAAGGGAUAUUCCUUGGUGAUGAGUGGAGAGAGACUGCAUGGGGAACUCCUCACCAUUCUAUGUCCCAGCCUAUUAUGGUACAGAGAAAGCCUGGACAGGGUUUUCAUGGAAACAGUGAAGUAAAUGCUGUAUUGUCUCCACGAUCAGAAAGUGGUGGCCUUGGAGUGAGCAUGGUAGAAUAUGUGUUAAGUUCCUCUCCAGCUGAUAAAUUGGAUUCCCGGUUUAGGAAAGGAGCUUUUGGCACUAGAGAUGCUGAAACAGAUGGACCUGAGAAAGGAGAUCAGAAAGGCAAGGCUUCUCCAUUUGAGGAGGACAAAAACAGAGAUCUUAAACAAGGAGAUGAUGAGGAUGUUACUAAAAUAAAUGGCAGAGGUUUGCCAAAUGGAAUGGAUGCCGAUUGCAAAGAUUUUAAUCGUACCCCUGGAAGUCGACAAGCCUCCCCAACAGAAGUAGCUGAACGCUUGGGCCCCAAUCCCAGCACCACAGAAGGAUUGGGUCCACUUCCCAAUCCUGCAGCCCACAAGCCCUUGGUAGAAGAAUUUUCCAACCCAGAAAAUCAGAAUCUAGAUGCCAUGGAACAAGUUGGUCUUGAUUCUCUACAAUUUGAUUAUCCUGGCAAUCAGGUACAGAUGGACUCUUCAGGAGCUACUGUAGGACUUUUUGACUACAAUUCUCAGCAGCAGCUUUUCCAGAGGACUAAUGCUCUGACUGUGCAGCAGUUAACAGCAGCCCAGCAGCAGCAGUACGCCCUGGCUGCGGCUCAGCAGCCUCACAUAGCAGGUGUAUUCUCAGCAGGCUUGGCUCCAGCUGCUUUUGUGCCAAACCCAUACAUUAUCAGUGCUGCUCCUCCAGGUACUGACCCGUACACUGCAGCUGGAUUAGCUGCAGCAGCCACCCUAGCAGGUCCUGCUGUGGUUCCACCUCAGUAUUAUGGUGUUCCAUGGGGGGUGUAUCCAGCCAAUUUGUUUCAGCAGCAAGCUGCAGCAGCAAAUACCACAGCAAAUCAACAAGCAGCUUCCCAGGCACAGCAGGGACAGCAGCCGGUUCUGCGUACUGGAGCAACUCAGCGCCCGCUUACUCCCAGUCAGGGUCAGCAAGGGCAGCAGGCAGAGUCACUUGCAGCAGCUGCAGCAGCAAAUCCAGCUUUGGCUUUUGGUCAGGGUCUUGCUACAGGCAUGCCAGGCUAUCAAGUACUAGCUCCCACUGCCUAUUAUGAUCAGACUGGUGCCUUAGUAGUAGGCCCUGGAGCAAGAACUGGCCUUGGAGCACCAGUCAGAUUGGUGGCCUCAACUCCUGUUAUAAUCAGUUCUGCAGCAGCACAAGCAGCUGCAGCUGCUUCAGCUGGAGGAACAGCAAACAAUCUCACGGGAGCCACGAACGGUCUAUUUCGGCCACUUGGUGCCCAGCCACAACAACAGCAACAGCAAACAAAUAGUAGCCUACAAUCCAAUUCAUUUUAUGGCAGUAACUCUUUGACCAAUAACUCCCCAAACAGUUCCCUUUUUUCACAUGGUCCUGGCCAACCAGGAAGUACAUCUCUUGGCUUUGGAAGUAGCAGCUCCUUAGGAGCAGCUAUCGGCUCUGCACUUGGUGGAUUUGGCUCAUCAGUUGGCAGUUCUGCAAGUAGUAGUGCCACAAGGAGAGAUUCUCUAUCUACUAGCUCUGACUUGUACAAAAGAUCUAGUAGCAGCCUAGCACCCAUAGGGCAGCCAUUUUACAAUAGUCUGGGAUUUUCCUCCUCUCCAAGUCCAAUAGGCAUGCCUCUGCCAAGCCAAACUCCAGGACAUUCACUUACGCCACCGCCAUCACUUUCAUCACAUGGAUCCUCAUCCAGUUUGCAUUUAGGAGGACUCACAAAUGGUAGUGGUCGCUAUAUUUCUGCAGCACCUGGAGCAGAAGCAAAGUAUCGCAGUGCAGCAAGUACCUCCAGUCUUUUUAGCUCCACCAGUCAGCUCUUCCCUCCUUCACGCCUUCGUUACAGUAGGUCUGACAUUAUGCCUUCUGGACGGAGUCGAUUGCUGGAAGAUUUCCGAAAUAAUCGUUUCCCAAAUCUCCAACUAAGAGACCUUAUUGGACAUAUUGUUGAAUUUUCUCAAGAUCAGCAUGGUUCUAGAUUUAUACAGCAAAAGCUGGAGCGAGCUACUCCAGCUGAGCGCCAGAUGGUGUUUAACGAGAUCUUGCAAGCAGCAUAUCAAUUGAUGACUGAUGUGUUUGGAAACUAUGUAAUACAGAAGUUCUUUGAGUUUGGAAGCCUGGAUCAGAAGUUAGCCCUGGCAACACGCAUACGUGGUCAUGUUCUGCCAUUAGCCCUACAGAUGUAUGGUUGUCGUGUUAUUCAGAAAGCACUUGAGUCUAUUUCACCUGACCAGCAGGUAAUUAAUGAAAUGGUGAAAGAGCUGGAUGGUCAUGUUCUGAAAUGUGUGAAAGAUCAAAAUGGGAAUCACGUUGUGCAAAAGUGUAUUGAGUGUGUUCAGCCCCAGUCGCUCCAGUUCAUCAUCGAUGCAUUCAAAGGACAGGUAUUCGUGCUUUCAACUCAUCCAUAUGGCUGUCGAGUUAUUCAGCGUAUUCUGGAACACUGCACUGCUGAGCAGACUUUGCCAAUCUUAGAAGAACUACAUCAGCACACAGAACAACUAGUGCAGGAUCAAUAUGGAAAUUAUGUUAUUCAACACGUACUGGAGCAUGGUCGUCCUGAAGACAAGAGUAAAAUAGUUUCAGAAAUAAGAGGAAAAGUUCUAGCUCUGAGUCAGCACAAAUUUGCCAGCAACGUGGUAGAAAAAUGUGUAACUCAUGCUUCUCGUGCUGAAAGAGCUUUACUUAUCGAUGAGGUCUGCUGCCAGAAUGAUGGUCCUCACAGUGCCUUAUACACCAUGAUGAAGGACCAGUAUGCCAACUAUGUUGUUCAGAAGAUGAUCGAUAUGGCUGAACCUGCCCAGCGGAAGAUAAUAAUGCACAAGAUUCGACCCCACAUCACAACUCUGCGCAAAUAUACCUACGGCAAACACAUUCUGGCCAAGCUGGAAAAGUAUUACCUGAAGAACAGUGCUGAUCUGGGGCCAAUUGGUGGACCACCAAAUGGGAUGCUGUAAAAGGCAAAAAAGGAAAUGGAAGAAUUUUAUUGUGAAUGAUCAAAACAUACAACUUAACUAUAAAUGUUCUGAUUUUUUUAAAUCUAUUUAUUGACUUUGUUCAUCCAUUUGUAAAAUUUUUAUUCUUUUGUAUAUUUUUGGGGAGUGAAUUAUAAAAAAAUAAAAAAAAAAAUCUCCAGCCCUAAUCAGGAGACCUAUCAGAUUGGAUGGCUGGCAAAGCACAGAAUGCCUGUAUAUGAUGUAAUUGUAUCAAAAUAGCUGUCACAUAUUUUGUAAAUUUUUACCUUGUAAAGUCACUGAAAUAGUUUUUAAAGGGAAAAAGUACAGUAUUCUUUUAAUACACUGGCUUGCAAUCUGGUAGGUCUACCCAACAUCAUAGCACAACAGAUUUAUAGAGUUGUAUAUAGAAUUGAUCCUUAUUUUUCCCUUUCGUGUGAAGUCUUUUAUACCAGAUUAAAAUUGAUCAGCUGCAUAAACAUUAUUUAACAUGUCGAAAAGUUAAGUUGUAUUUUGGUGGUUCACAAAGUACUAUCAAAUAACAAACAGGACACAGCAAAUGAAAGCAGAGAAUAACAAAACAACGGGAACCUGAAAGGACAAUUUUCACCUCUUGCUGUGGACAGUUAUUUUUUUUUUAAUUAGUGCCCUUAGGUUUUCUCUAGCGAUGUAUUAAAAACAACAGUGCUGUAUAUACUUAUAUAUUUAAUUGUUGUACAAGGUAGAGGAAUCGAAUGGUGGUGGUACAUCCACUCAGCAGAGUACGCUGUUGGAAGAGGAGUGAACCCUGUAUUAACUUCACAGUCAGUUUUACAACGCAGGAAGAGUAGAGAUUUGUAUUUUUUUAUUUCGCAUAUAGAAUUGUAAGGAUUUGAAAGCGUUGAGCAUUUGUUUUGCUUUCUCACUGUAGAUGCAAAAAAAAAAAAAAAUAGGUAUUGAUGAAGAGAAGAGGGGCCACUGAAAAGUAAACUCGAUAGCUCAACAUUUAAGCAUGAUUGAUUAAAUAUCCAGAUAGCUUUUUUGCUUCCUAUAAAUAUAUGCAUUGUAUACGUGUAGUUAAUAGGUGUAAGUUUACAGUUUGAAAACAAAUCUCGUUUUGAUGUUUAUUACAAGCCUUGCUAAUUUAGUAGUGACGCUUACCUUGGUUGUACAGAUGUACAUUUGUAAACCUUCAUGCUGUAAAUGUAAUUUGUUUUACCCUUUUUUGGGACAAAAAUUUGCAUUUUAGUGUAUAUUCAUAUCCCCGUCCCCCUUUCUUCCCCUGGCAUAUAGUGUUGUAUAAUGUAAAUUUAUUUCAGCAAAUUAAGAGUGAUUUUUUUAAAUUCUAUCUUUAUAUGGUUUCAGAAAUAUGAACCGGCUUUUUUUUUUAACUAUUGUGAGAAACAUUAUGUUUUGUUUACAACAUAGCUGUUGGUUCUGUUCAUAUGGACACUUUGGGAAAUCAAUCUGUUCAAAUUUUAAGUUGGGAUAAUAAGCGUAGUGAGAAAGAAGUGGACUGAAAACUUUGGUUAUCGCAGAAACCAAUGCUUCUUCCAUCUUAAUAAAUGUGGCAUGAUUUUUUUGUACAGAAGAGUACUGUAUUUUUGAAUAGCCUUCUCCCAGCGUAAAGCAAAUAUGUAUGAUACUGUCAAUUUUUUUCUCUGGACAUACGACAUUGUAACAGUAACAUGAGAUGAUGUACAUUUACAAGCGGCCUUAUGUACAUUUCCCAAUGAUCUUUUUAAGGCAGAGUUGUGACCAUAUGUGUAUAAUUAAAAUCCUUUUUAAUCCUUUGCCUAUGGAAAUAUUUUGGAAAAAAAAAAAAAAAAAAAAGCUUGCUUUGUAUAUUCAGUUUCUGAAAGAUAAAGAAAGUGCUUUGUAUGUUGUUGAAGUAAGUAUUUUGUGUAAAAUAUUCAUUCGGAGGGCAUGAGCAGAAGUUGUGAUCACCAGGAUGGAUGGAAAGCAGUUCUGAACAUUGAUAAAUAAAAGGCUGCAGCUGUAGGGCUCUGAUCUUGAGGAAAGAAAGUGGAGGUGGUAUAAACUCGUGUAGGGAAUUCUGUUGUAUUACUCUUGGUAUCAGGUUUACGUGAGUCUUUUUAAAGCAUACAUCUGAGUUGCUACUUUUUUUUUUUUUUAGUGGUAGUGUUUAAAUCAUGAAUAGGCAAACGGGAAAGUGUGCUCUGGCCUACCGUUAGUUUCCGCAUCUGUCACUUAAUGCCUGCAUCAAGUGAUGUAGGGGGCCGACUUAUUGUUCAUAACCUCAUCUUUAAUUGCUAAGUAGUUUUUGAAUGGCAGUUCACAGCAUUCCUUUCAAGAGCUACAGGCCCUGCCAUUGGAGCCAGAGCUUAUCCGUAGUCACACAAAGGCACUUGAGCAACUUACUUGAACGCAUUAAUUCUCCUCAGUGAGUAUUUUUAUCCUGUGUACAAACUGUCUGUUAUUAUCUGACAUUGUCUCUGACAUGUGAGACAUUAAAUCAGGCUUUUGGGAAUGUCCAGGCAGAAACUGGUGAUGUCUGAGUACUUUGUCCCUGUAGCACUCAUGCCAUAGUUGAAUUUAAUCAGUCCUGUAACUAUCAUCCUUAGAGCUUUAGUACCUUGAAAAUAAUCUUCCACUUGCUCUCCUAAAUUACCAUUUUGCACAAACUAUAUCCAGGAACGUGAAAAUCACUGGGUUUCCUUUCAGUUAUUUUAGGCUUUGGGUAGAACCACUAGACUUCUUUUUUUGCUAAAAUACCGCUAUUUGAUAUAGACUGUUUAUGGACCAGUUUGAUUAGGUUUGACUCCAGGCGGCUCAUAUUAAAUAAUGUAAUGUUCACGUGUAUAUACUGUAAAAAUCAAAAUGAAAAUGUGUUAAUAACACUGUGUGAAAUACA